CGCGCGUUCCGGGCGCCUGAAUGAACAGCAGCGCCGACCGGAGUCGGAGCCGGAGCCGUCGCGCCACCCCCAGAGUGCCAUCCAACUGAACUACCAGUCGGUCCCGAGCGGAAGACGCGACGCGACGCGACGCGACGCGACCCCACCAAGCGAGCCGCCCGCGAAUAUUCGCGGCACCCCCGGCCGAGCGGGCGCGUCCCCCCCGCGGCCCGGCUCGGCGGGCGCGCCGCCUCCUUAUUUUACAACCCGACUCGCGGGCGGCGGCGAGCGAGCGAGUUCCAGCGAGCGAGUUCCAGCUCACGCCCGCACCCCCGGCCCCCGAGAAUAGGCGAGCGGCUGGUCCAGGAACCCAGGAGCGAGCCCCGGCCUGCGCCGCGCGUCCGUCGGGGUCCUCCCUAAAUCCGGCCACGCCCGCCGGGGAGGGGGUCAGACCGUCAGAGAGGCGACCGUUGAUCAGCCGGUCCGGGAUCAUGGAGGAUCGAUCGCCCCCGGACGAAUAACUAGUUCUACUAGCUUUCCUCGGGGGUCGCCUCGCCUGCCUUCCCCCCUUCGCUGCCCCCCCCUCGUCGUUGCUGCUCAGUUCGAUCUGGUCCGCGGAUCAGAGCAAUUUCGCCCGCCGGCUGCUAUCCGUCUCCGUCGCCCGUAUCGCCGCGCCGCCACCGCCCGCGGCUGGUUGCAAUCCGGCGUCCCUCCCGUCCCCUUCGGUCUCUGCUACUCGGCGAUCUUCCUCUCCGCGUGCUCUGCUUCAGCUUGCCUCCGGCGAGCGAGGGUUGAGUGGAGCCGGACCAUGGCUGAGGUAGAAGACGCGGUGGGCGCGCCGCCAACGACGGAGUCCGAGGGCACCACCACAGACGACGAGCAUCUCUCGCCGACCUGCGCCUGCGGCGGCGGGGGCCGACGCGGAGGCCGCAUCAAGAUCCUCUGCAGCUUCGGCGGCCGCAUCGUGCCCCGCCCACACGACGGCGUCCUCAAGUACGUCGGCGGGGAGACCCGCGUCCUCGCCGUGCCCCGAUCCACCCCCUUCCGCGAGAUGAAGAAGAAGGUUGAGGAGAUGUUCAAGACGGAGGUGGCCGCGAUCAAGUACCAGCUCCUCUCCCUCGCCGAGGACCUCGACGUGCUCGUCUCCGUCACCUGCGACGAGGACCUGGUCCACAUGCUGGAGGAGUACGACCGCCUCGAGGCCAAGCGGUCGCCGACCGCGUCCCCGCGCUUCCGCGUCUACGUCUCCGCGCCGCAGCCCGCGGGGCCGCUCCUGUCGGCCGCCGCGCCUGCCCGCCACGCCGGCCUGUCGCGCCUCCACCCGCAGCAUCACCACCACCACCAGCAUCAGCACCACCACUUCCAGACGGAGCGCUACGUGGCCACCGUGCCCGUCUCGCCGGACGGGAGCCCGCCGUUCCCGGCCCAGCCGCACGGCGCCGUCUCCGCGGGGAACUCGCCGCGCGCCAACGCCGUUUACGGCGCGGAGCCGCCCGCCGUCUUCGGCCUCGGCAUGCAGCGCGUGCGGAGCACGCCGACCCUCGGCGCCCUGGAUGCGGCCGCGCAGCACCUGCAGCAGCACGCGGCGGACGGCGGCGGCGUGCCGGGCUACGUGGGCGGCUCGCCGACCCACGCGGGCGGCGCGGGCCGCCUCCUGCUGCACUCGAACAGCUUCCACCAGUACCAGCACCAGUACGCGCAGGCGCCGACGCCCGCGCCCGCGCCGCACCAUGCCGGGCGGUACGACGCGCGCGGGUGCGUCCGGGUGGGCAACUACCUGGCGCCGAUGGCGCCUCCUUCCCGGCCGGUCUCGAGGGGAGGAUUGGCGCCGCACAGCGAGAUGGUCACGCCGAAGAAGUCUGCGAUCGUAUGGGACUGACCCGGCCGCCGGAGCCCGGAGGGAGCCUGCUGUAACGUUUUUUUGUUUUUUUUUUGCAUCAGUACGAGGGGCAAUGAGAUGAGUGGUACGAUGUACUUGAGAUGUAAAUAGACGGUCGGAUGGAUGGAUGCACGCGGCCUUGUUUUAACUGUUGCGAUUGUGUCCAUGCUGAUUGCUGAGCAUGUUUGUGCGUUUGCUGGGGCUUCCCAAAA